ACGGCAGCGGCGGCGGCACCUCACCCAGCCGGCUGCGCCUCGCCGGGGUUGCGAGCCCGGCCUCGGAGCCCUGCCCGCCGCCUGCCUUCGCCGGGGAGUGGUGGGGCGGAAAGAAGAGUGUGAGAGCGGCUGCGGGUCCCGCCGCGGGGAGCGGAGCGAGCGCGGGGCGGCGGAGGCUCCUCCAUCAUGUCGGCGGGCGGGGACUUCGGCAACCCGCUGCGGAAAUUCAAGCUGGUGUUCCUGGGCGAGCAGAGCGUGGGGAAGACUUCCUUGAUCACCAGGUUCAUGUAUGACAGCUUUGACAACACCUAUCAGGCAACAAUUGGCAUUGACUUCUUAUCGAAAACCAUGUAUUUGGAGGAUCGAACAGUACGGUUGCAAUUAUGGGACACAGCAGGUCAAGAACGGUUCAGGAGCUUGAUUCCUAGCUACAUUCGUGACUCCACUGUUGCAGUUGUUGUUUAUGAUAUCACAAAUGUAAACUCGUUCCAGCAAACAACAAAAUGGAUUGAUGAUGUCAGAACGGAAAGGGGCAGUGAUGUCAUCAUUAUGCUGGUGGGAAAUAAAACAGAUCUAGCAGAUAAGAGACAAGUGUCCAUUGAGGAAGGAGAAAGAAAAGCCAAAGAGCUGAAUGUAAUGUUCAUUGAAACUAGUGCAAAAGCAGGAUACAAUGUAAAACAGCUUUUCCGACGCGUGGCAGCUGCCUUGCCUGGAAUGGAAAGCACACAAGACAAAAGUAGAGAAGACAUGAUUGACAUAAAACUGGAAAAGCCUCAAGAGCAGCCUGUCAGUGAAGGAGGCUGUUCCUGCUAAUACCAUGUGGCUUCUACCUUUCUCCAGAACAUCACUGCUUUCCCUCCCUUUACUCUUCAUUGACUGCAGUGUGAAUAUUGGCUUGAACCUUCCCCUUUCAGUAAUAACGUAUUGCAGUUCAUCAUCGCUGGCUGUCUCGUGGAGAUGAUCUAUUAGCUUCACAAGCACACACACACACACACACAAAGAAAAUGUCAGUGUCUUCAUUAUUUAUAAGAAAAAAAAAGCCAAAAUAUUCCAGCGUAUUCUAGUUAUAACUUUAAAAAUAAAUAGGUACAAUUUCUUAAUAUUUGUUCCUUUUUUAAUAUGUUAUGAUAUUGCACUUUGAAAUGUUGGCAACUGAGUAAGUUUUGGAUUGGACUUAGACAAGAUGUAUGUGCAGAAGAAUGCUUGCAAACCUUACCCAUUUGAUUUCUCUAACAAACUGGAAGUGACUGGACAGCAGUCAGAAAUGCAAGCGGAGGUGGCAUAUGCUGAGGGUUAAAUGCUUAUCCUUACAGUAAUAAAAAAAAAAAAAUUAAAACCAAGCUCUUAAUCUUUUGAGCAGAGAUAGUCUUGACCGGUUUUCAAACCCCCAAACAUUUUUGGAAACCAACUUUAGCAGGGGUUUCGACACCGUGAAAGGCUACUGGAUUUUUUAGUUCUUGCAGAGGCAACGUGAACACUUUUCCAAGAAAGCAUACUGAGAAAUGCAGAGUGUCUUUCGGAAUGGGACGAAUGGCUUCUGGAGGAUUUUGGGGGGAAGGAGAGGGUGGAUGUGCAUUAGCAAAACACUUGCAGGGAACAGGGAAAUAUUUUUUCAAGUGCAAGAUGAGUUUUACGAGCAUUUUUUUUUCCUUUUAUGUAGAACACCAAUGAAGUAAAUUAUUACUGCCCGAGAGAUAGGAACGUAAUGUUUCAGCUGUUUGGAGGAGAAAGCGUUUUGCUUCUUUUUUUAGGGAAAAGACUUAAGUGAAUUCGGGACUGGCAGUAACACCUGCCAAAGCGGAUUGAAACCUUUUAAAUUUGGCAGAAGGAGGAAAGAGCGGCUGGAUGGCCCAGCGGAGACGCUGUGUUCACAGGCCAGUUCACGGCUGGGAGAGGGGGGGUGGCAGAAGGGGGAAUGGCACCCGCUUUUUCCAUAGCGUGGCCGUAGGUGGACUGGGGAAGGGGUGUUUGCUUUGAUCAUGCAGAAAUCUAGUUGGGAGAUCUUAGAUGGAAAGGAAGGGAGUUUAAUAGGAUGGAAACCAACUUCUGAUUAUGCAGAUUUAUGCCUUUAUUUUUUAGCGUUUUUUUAUGUUCCGUCUUCCAAGUUGGUUUAGUUUGGUUCACUAGAGCUGUAUAGUUUGGUUAAAUAACUAGUAAUUUAGUUCUCUAUUUAACUAGGCUUACCAUUAACCAUUUUUCUUUGAUAUUUAUUUCUUGGCUUAAUUUUUUUACUAUUUUCAGUAAUUAUCUUUUGUGUUGUUUUGCUGAGGAAUCUGUUUAGAGCUUUGCUGAUGUUGCGAGAUGUAGCUACCUGAGAAACACGGAAUCGAACACACUAGAAGUGCACCCUUUUAAUCUUUACUAGUCAUUGUGAAGUUGCUGUGUAAGUUAAUAAACACAAUUGUAAAUACAUUGUUUGCUGGGUGAAUAUGGCUGAGUUACAGUGCAGGAAGGAAUUCUUGAGUCUGUGUUGCGAUUGCUACUUAAAUGAACAAUUGCAAGCAAAUAUUCAGGCUCCUCCUUUGUUCUCUUCUGCCCCUCUACCAUCUAAAAUAACCAACCGGGGAAAAGAAAGGGAAUCGUCCUCACCACCACUUUCACCAGGAAAUGGGCAUAAAAGAUUUGGAAUUCUUCGUUCCUGAAAUGAAUGCUAGACUCGUGCCCUGCCCUGGGUUUAUAGCAACUCUGCACAACAAUAACUUAAAGGCAGAAUGAGAUGUAAAGUGCUUUUAUAAUGCAAUAUUAAAGGCGAGUUUUUUUGACGUGGCAUGUCUUGAAAUAAACAUCAAUGAUAUGUGACAAA